UCAAUCUUCAAUUAUUCUCUGACAAAAUCCAUAAAUAAUUCGAUUGGCUUGCACCUUCCCACAGGACCUGCGAUGAACGCACGAUGGAGAGACGGCUCUUCCUGUAAUCACUCACACGACACUCAUUUGGGAGGAUUAAUGAGCUACUCAAGAUGACCUUUGAGAUUUGCGUCUAAGUGUUGAACGAAUGUGCUUAGGUUAAACUAGCCCGGCCUUCUACAGCUCCCUCAGACUCAUUUCCUUCUGUUGAGUUGAAGCCAUGUCUCGAUACUUGACAGCGCCCAAAGUCAGCCUUCUGGCACUGAUAGUGCUAUACUGUGAGGGUGUCGUCCCACAUGAAGGCGUUGUCAGCGUACUAGCCUUCAUUGCUGACCAUAUUGUUCCAUUGUCACCUCGCUCGUCCGAAGACAUCGACGAUGCCCUGAACCAUAACUUCUGGCUCAACGUGUCUGAUUUUGAGGAGAAAUUCGGUCAGGAGGCUUCCAUCAAGCCCGGAAGAUCCGUGUACGAUCUGUUCCUUGCCAAGAUAUGGCACCUCGACUCCUUGAACGCUCUACACGAGUUUUUCGAAUCCUUACCCCAACUAGUCGCGAAGACACGGGAAGCACAGCUGUUGGACGCAGAAGCAGGUAUAAUCAUGCCGACUCCUGCUGUCGUGCUAUCUCGCGCAUCUCCGAUGGGCCAAUUUGUCAGGCGGUGCCGGAUCGAGUUCACCAGACUGCAGUUCAACGAUACUAUGAAGUUAUGGACGGCAUUCCUGAAAUACAAGCAGCCGUCUGAAGCAUCAUGGCGGCGCCGAAAUCCCGGAGCAUUCGCGUUAUCUUUCGACGCAAAUCUCAAAGAUCUGAAUCUGAGGAAGGGCGAUGCGCUGUUUGAGGUCGCUUACGGCUCCCUGAUGGAUGAAGGCGAAUCGGAACAACUAGCUAUGAGCACCGAGGAUGUAGAGAGGUUGCUGGAGUUUCAGCUAUAUAAAGUUCAAAGGAUGGGGAUCCGGGUCCCUCAAGCGAUGAAAAAGAGAUUCCGCGAGAUGAUCGGUCCGGCUGUUACUGUGCCCAGCGUCUCACAUUUCGUAAAAUUCUUUGACGCUUGGCGAGCAGGGGAUUACACUGCGUCGUUCGAUAAUCUCCACCGGUACUUUGACUACACGAUGCAAUCCAGAGACAAGACGAAUUAUCAAUACGCCUUGCUACACAUGGCCAUUCUGCAUGCAGAUUUUGGCUGUUUCAGCGAAGCUCUGGCAACCAUGAACGAGGCAAUUGCCACAGCGCGAGAAAACCAGGACAUUACGUGCUUGAACUACAGUCUCAGUUGGCUGAACCACUUCAACAAGGCAUAUCCGCAAGAAAUGAAAGGAGGCAGCUAUAGCAAGUUGCUCAGCUCGGAGAAAGAGGCGCUAGCCUUCCUGAAAUCUAAGGCUCGGGAGAAUAGGCUGUGGGAUAUUCUGAGCUCUACGUUGUUGAGCGAAGCGAAGCUCAUGCUCUCUAACGGAGAAAGCAUGUCUCGAGCGCUAGAAUUCGUUUACCAAGCCUCGCAUCUAAAUUUGACAUACAAUAUCCGGAGCAACGUCGGAGCUCAGUUGCUUAUGCAAUCUUCGACUUAUGGACGUCUUGGUGCUGGACCAGUGUCCAAUGAAUACUGCGAGAUGAUCCUCAGUUGUUACAACACCGUCGUCCCCAUGGAGGAGAUCCUUCGGUCCAUAUGCCGCAAGGCGUUUUCUUUCGCCAGAUGUGGGCUGUUCGAUAAGGCAUUCGCUACUCUACAUGAUGUCGAUCCUGCCGUUCAUCGCACGCUCAAGUUCCACCAAUAUCUUCUCAGCUACACGGGUCUAUUGAAAUUACGACGAGCAUUGAAAAGGAUGGACCUUAUCGCAGCAGAACACCUGCUAAAACAACUCAAGGCUGGCGCUGCUUCAGAUCCCGAAAUCAGAUUCCAAAUCACCAUCUCCGAGAUUGACUAUCUCGUCCGAAUAUCCUCGUUUUCCGACGCAUUCAACCUGAUUGAAGACGUAGCAGACGGUUUCAAGGACGCCUCAGCCGACAUCUAUCAGCGAAUCCAUAUCCUUGUUACAAAGGCGAACCUUUUUGCGAAAUGCGGAAAGCCAGAACGAGGUUUUUCUCUCGCCAUGCGCGCGGCUAGCACUGCGCACCGAGCAAAGGUGCUGCCGUCGAUGUGGGAGGCAGUAGCCACGUUAUCGAACAUUCUCAACCACCUCAGCGAGUUUGAUGCUGCGCGGCAACUUCUUGAGGCUAUUAUUCCCCAGGCAAUCGAAGGAAACGACUGCACGAUAUCUGGUCAGCUCAACACGGUCCUAGCCGACGCUUUUAUGGGACUGGCGGGGAAGGGCGAUGGGGUGCAACGAAGCCAAUGCAUGACGAAGGCCGAGCUCUACCUUACUCGAGCGCAAGAUUACUUUAGCACCGUGGAGGACGUACAAGGUCAGUGUGAGACGAUAUAUAAACAGGCGAUGAUUGCGAGAACACGAGGAGACCAGGGACUUGCGGAUAACUGGGCGUCUCGAUACGUAGCGACCACGAAACAUUAUGAGCAAUUAGUCAUGGAAGAUCAGACUCCAGAAGCUACGGCAGCAUCAUAGACACACCUAUUUGAGUGUAUCCAAUCAAGUUGGCAUGGAUGGCGGUCUGGGUAGAAAGGCUUUAGGGUAGUAGCAAUCGGGCACGCAAAUACAGUUUUUAAGUUUCCGCAUUUCAACCGACCGAUAACUUUGUAUGGUGCUAUGUGACAAAGGAGAUGAUCUAUACAAGUUCGGGAAAGAACGUUACCAUCCUCAACCUUUUGGCUUCG